AUGUCAGGACCUUUCCCAACAGUCGCAGAUAAAGUCAAAGGCGUCCAAAUCUUGGGACCAAUUCCUGAGAGUGCAAAACAUGUAUUUACCCCAGAUGCUUUGGCAUUUGUCGCUACUUUGCAUCGUGGGUUCGAAAAGAAGAGACAAGAAUUGCUUCAGAAUAGACAGAAUGAGCAGAAGUUGAGGGAUCUUGGUAAAUUACCUAAUUUCUUACCUGAAACCGAAUAUAUAAGAAAGGACCUCACAUGGACCGGUCCUCCUUUAGCUCCAGGUUUGAUUGAUAGAAGAUGCGAAAUUACAGGUCCUACAGAUCGUAAGAUGGUUAUUAAUGCUUUGAACUCAAAUACCGCUACUUAUAUGGCUGAUUUUGAGGAUUCCUUGGCACCAGCAUGGAGAAACUUGGUUGACGGGCAAGUCAAUUUAUAUGAUGGUGUUAGAAGAAACUUGACGUUUGAAACCAAGGAGGGUAAGAAGUACGCUUUGAAUUUAGACAAGGGAAGACACAUUCCUACUUUGAUUGUUAGACCAAGAGGUUGGCAUUUAGUUGAAAAGCAUGUAUUGGUUGAUGGAGAGCCAGUAUCAGGUGGUAUAUUUGACUUUGCCAUUUACUUUUUCAACAAUGCUUUUGAAACGUUGAACAGAGGUUUUGGUCCUUACUUUUAUUUGCCCAAAAUGGAACACCACUUGGAAGCUAAAUUAUGGAAUGACAUUUUCAACUAUUCUCAAGAUUACAUUGGUAUGAAGAGAGGUACUAUUAGAGCAUCAGUAUUGAUUGAAACCAUUCCUGCUGUUUUCCAAAUGGAUGAAAUCAUUUACCAAUUAAGAGAACAUUCUGCUGGUUUGAAUUGCGGAAGAUGGGAUUAUAUCUUUUCUUACAUCAAAUGUUUAAGAAACCACCCAGAAUUCAUUUUACCAGAUAGAGCUCAAGUUACCAUGGCCGCUCCAUUCAUGUCUUCAUAUGUCAAAUUAUUAGUUCACACUACCCACAAGAGACGCGUCCACGCUUUGGGUGGUAUGGCAGCACAAAUUCCAAUCAAAGAUGAUGAGGCCAGAAACAGAGCAGUUUUGGAGAAUGUGGCCAAGGAUAAAUUGAGAGAAGUUACUUUGGGCUGUGAUUCCUGUUGGGUUGCUCACCCUGCAUUGGUCCCUGUUGUAUUAAAAGUGUUUAAUGAACAUAUGAAGGGUCCAAAUCAAAUCGAUUUACCCCCCAAGGAACCAUUUAAGCCAAUCACACAAAGAGAUUUGUUGAGUCCAUAUGUUCCAGGCGGUAAAAUCACAGAGGGUGGUAUCAGAGCUAAUAUCGUUAUUGGUAUCUCAUAUAUCGAAGCUUGGUUAAGAAAUGUUGGUUGUGUUCCAAUUAACUAUUUGAUGGAAGACGCUGCAACCGCCGAAGUAUCAAGAACCCAAAUUUGGCAAUGGGUCACCCAUGGUGCUAAGACUGAUGUGGGUAAAGUAAUCACCAAGGACUACGUUAAACAAUUAUUAGAUGAAGAAUACGCUAAAUUAGUGAAGGGCGCUAAACCAGGUAACAAAUUAAAACAAGCGUUUGAUUACUUUGCACCAGAAGCUCUUGGAGAAAAAUACUCAGAUUUUGUUACUACUUUGAUUUACGAUGAUAUUACCACUAUUGGUAGAGCUGUACCAGGUGAAAAAUUGUAG